CCAGUUAUUCGCCCUUGAACUUGUGUACAGACAGCCGUUGCAGUAGAAAUUCGUCAUCACAUAUUUAUUAUUAGUAUAAUUUCUUAUUGUAAGAAGCACAUGAAAUAAUGAGGGAAAUAGUUCACAUACAAGCAGGACAGUGUGGAAAUCAAAUCGGUUCCAAGGUCUGCUUCAUUUGUUCGAGCUUCGGAAUAAGCUGUGUUAACCAAAUCACGUUACCGGCUAAAAAGCGGCUAAAAGCAAACGAGUGAAACCGGCUGAAAAAAGAAGAUUACGACAGUGGUAAGAAGAACCUUUUCUACAAUCGAUCCACUUAUGAAGAGGAUGAAAACAUUGGCAUAACAAUGUUGUAGAUGAUGCAGUCUCGAGCAGUAUAAAUACACCAUACAACCAUCAUAAGAACAUCAUAUAAUCGGUCAACCUCGGCUGAUUCCGCUGCCAAGGUGUGCCGAAUGUAACUUCGUCGUGUCAUUUUCUAUGAAAAAUAAUGUAGUUUCUCUUUCUGUUUAGUUUCAAAUUUGGACUUUAGACUUUAGAUGACAUAAAUUAAUUACACGAGCAUAAACAGAUGUCUUUCGGUUUUAAAAGAAAGCUUAUUGACUAUGUUCAUUCAGUUAUCUUACUUUUUUGAAACAAUUGACCUUACGCUUACCGCCGUACUUUAUGGACCAACUGUUCCACGAUAGUUCGAUAAGACUGGCGAUGGUGGCGUUUUCCCACAUGUCAGGCGACUGAUUAAGUAGCAAAUGAAGUGACCCUCGUGCCUAUAUCUUUAGUACCAAUUAAGCGACUUCAGUCAAAUUAAAAAAAUGAAAUCCUACUUUUUUUGGAAAAUGAAUACUAUAUCAUGGUGUGAUCAAAGGUUAAAAUUAGUCAACAAAUAAACAAAAUAUGUACAAGAAAAUCAGAUUAUUUUCAAUGAAAUAAUUUUGUAUAAAUGAAAGAUAGAAUGUUCAACUAACGAUAUAUCGUUGAUGCUCAACAAUUUCCCUGAUUGUUUGGUAAAAAACUUUUCUAGCAGGGAUAGCCUGUCAAAUGCUGUAGACAAGGUAACAUUAAAACCAGCCUAUGGUGCAAUAUAAUUGUAUUUAGAUUUAAAAAAAAUAAUAAGUAAUUUUUUUGUCCAGAAAAGACUUAAGUACAUCAGACUCAUGAAAUUUAUAAAGUGUUGUUCCCCUUUGUUUUUCCAUUUAAUCCAAAAUGAGUUUGCUAAAUUUGAAUUUUAUGCUCAAAGUAAAAGGCAAAAAAAUCAUGAAAAUGCGAAGAACAUGCAAAAAACAGGACAUAUAACAGUCAGGGGAUUCACAUGUUAAAAUAUAACAGUCAUGGGAUUCACAUGUCCAAAUAUAACAGUCAGAAUGGUCAGGGGAUUUACAUGUUCAACUUUAACAAUCAGUUCUGGGAAGUCGUUUCAGAUGAGCAUGGCAUAGAUCCAACUGGAGAAUAUCAUGGCGACUCUGAUCUACAACUUGAGAGAAUCAGUGUUUACUUCUGCGAAGCAAAUGGAAACAGAUAUGUUCCUAGAGCAGUACUUGUUGAUUUGGAACCAGGUACCAUGGAUUCUGUGCGAUCGGGUCCAUUUGGGCAACUAUUUAGACCUGACAACUUCAUAUUUGGUCAGUCUGGUGCUGGAAACAACUGGGCCAAAGGUCAUUACACGGAAGGAGCGGAACUGGUAGAAAGUGUUGUGGAUGUUGUCCGAAAAGAGUCAGAAACAUGUGAUUGUCUUCAAGGGUUCCAGUUGACACAUUCUCUGGGUGGAGGAACAGGAUCUGGCAUGGGAACACUGUUGAUCAAUAAAAUCCGGGAAGAAUACCCAGACAGGAUAAUGAUCACUUACUCCGUAACGCCAUCUCCAAAGGUUUCUGACACGGUUGUUGAGCCAUACAAUGCAACCUUAUCUGUUCAUCAGCUUGUUGAAAACACUGACGAGACUUUCUGUAUCGACAAUGAGGCUCUCUACGACAUCUGUUUCAGAACAUUGAAGUUGACCACACCUACAUAUGGCGAUUUGAAUCACAUUGUUUCCGCUGCAAUGUCGGGCAUAACAACAUGUCUUAGAUUUCCUGGACAAUUAAAUGCAGAUUUGAGGAAAUUAGCCGUUAAUAUGGUUCCGUUUCCUCGUCUUCAUUUCUUCAUGCCAGGGUUUGCACCUUUAACAUCACGUGGCAGUCAACAGUAUCGGGCACUUUCUGUACCGGAACUGACACAGCAGAUGUUUGAUUCAAAGAACAUGAUGGUGGCAUGUGAUCCUCGCCAUGGAAGAUAUUUGACUGUUGCUUGUAUUUUUAGAGGGAGAAUGUCAAUGAAAGAGGUUGACGAGCAAAUGCUAAAUGUCCAGAACAAAAACAGUUCAUAUUUUGUAGAAUGGAUUCCAAAUAAUGUCAAAACGGCUGUUUGUGACAUUCCACCAAGAGGCUUGAAAAUGUCGGCUACUUUUAUAGGUAACAGUACAGCAAUUCAAGAAAUAUUCAAGCGAAUCUCUGAGCAGUUUACAGCCAUGUUUCGCCGUAAAGCUUUUCUUCAUUGGUAUACUGGUGAAGGGAUGGAUGAGAUGGAAUUUACCGAGGCUGAGUCGAAUAUGAACGAUUUAAUUUCUGAAUACCAACAGUAUCAGGAUGCAACUUCAGAAGAACAGGACUUUGAUGAGGAAGAGGAAGAGGAAGAAGGGUAAAAUGUUCAGAGGAACCGUGCGCAAAGUAUUGAUUAAAAAAGAUUCAGCUUUAUACAUUAAGACAAAUGUGACAUCUUGAAUUUCGUUUAAUGCAGUUCGUUUUAAAUAUGUGUAAAGCAGGUUAAAAGAAAACGUUUUGCUCCAAGUAAGCUAAACUAAGAUUAUUAACAUAAGAUUAAUGUGACCCAUAGAAAGUUUUAAUUGAAUAAACUUUUUGGUGCAUAAGGCAAAGUUUUACUUUGUAACAUUUAUGAAUUUGAACUUAUCGUUCCUGCAUGACUAUAUUAGUCCAAAAUCUUUUAAAGUCUCACAUGUCAUGCAAGGGACGAUUUUUGUUGUCCUGGAGUUAUCUACCUUUCUUCAUGUAUUGUUGUUGACCCUUGAAAAGUUUAUUCUCUUAGUUGUUAUCUCCAUGAUAUUCACUGAAUAUCUCUUAUUAUAUAAUAUUAUCAUCAUACUGUGUCACAUUUCAUCAUAAAAAGUCAUAAUGGUGUCCUGAACUUUGUUUUAAUGAACUUUGCUUUUAGCAAAGAUCGAUUCCAAUUACAAAUAAUAAUGUACAAUUCUAUAUUUUAAAAUUUAAACAAAAAUAUCUAACAUGGUUCUGGAUUCAUGUUUGCUUUCUUUUUAGUCCCCCACCGACUUCGGAAGGGGACUUUAGGUUUUCACUCCGUCUGUCUGUCCAUCCGUCAGUUCGGCAAAUCAGUUUUCCACUCUUUUUUUUUCUCAUGCUUGAAGAUAUAGAUUUGAUAAUUGGUAUAUAGUUUUAGAUCAAGUUUGAAUGAUGUUCCGGUCCGAUGAUUUUGUGCAGAGUUAUGGUCCUUGGACUUAUUCACUCAAAUAAUCAGUUUUCUGCUCUUUUUUUUUCAUUCUUGAAGAUAUUGAUUUUAUAAUUGGUAUAUAGUUCUAUCAUGACAAGUUACAGACCAAGUUCGUAUUUUGUUUCGGUUUGAAGAUUUUGUGCAGAGUUAUGGUCCUUAGACUUGGAAAAUUCACUCAAAUUUUUAGUUUUCCACACUUUUUUUUGACAUGCUUGAAAUUAUUGAUUUAAUAAUUGGUAUAUAGUUUUAUCAUGAAAAGUUUCAGAUCAAGCUUGAAUUUUGUUCCGGUCUGAGGAUUUUGUGCAGAGUUAUGGUUCUUGAACUUAGAUAAUCAGUUUUCCACAUAUUUUUUUUUGUCAUGCUUGAAGAUAUUGAUAUUUGUUUAUUUUUUUUUGUUAUAUAGUUUAUACCAUGUCAAGUUACAGAACAAGUUAGCAUUUUGUUCCAGUACAAUUAAUUCUUAAGCGGUAGGGGACUAUGUAUUGCCAUGCAAUACUCUCAGAAUGCUUGUUUCCAUUAUUUUGCAAAUGUAUCAGCUUGAUUUCCAUGACUACAUCUGAUAUGUUAUUCUUUGUGAAAAGGAUUUAAUUCAACAAAUUCUCUAUUGUCCUCUGAAAUGAGGCAACAUUUAACUUGCAUUCAAUAUAAUAUUAGACUGGGAAGCUGUGUUUUUUUUAAAUGGGGGUAAUUUUGAAAGUGAUGUCGAGUGUGUGGAAAGAUUUCAUAAACUAUCGUAACUGUGAUAUAUUUCAGGUGGGGCUAGUUUUCAUUGAUUUAGUGGGGGCAAAUUAUUUUAGAAUUGGGGGCGAGUGUGACGUCGUUCAAUCAGACUGAUCCAUUUGGAUAUUUUUUUCAACUGUCAAGGAAAGUAUAGCGAGUAGUAUUAUUAAAAACGAAUGACCAAUGCUGCCAUUUUCCUCUUAAUAUUACAUACAAAGAGAAUACCGGAUCAAAUUUAUGGGACCUAAAUUAUCACUUACCAACCUCGAUGAUUGUAUAUAUUACAGUAUAUGUAUAAGCAGAGUUUUUCAAGAAAUUUAACAGAAUAAAUUAACACUUAAGCGCAAUAAUCGUGAUGACUUCAACAGUUCAAAUAAUAAUUGAUUUUUUACGGGUUAUUACUUUUGUAAAUAUGUUUUUCUUUCAUUAAAAACAAUGCAUAAUUUUAGUUUUAAUUAUAUUAAUUUUCAUAUUAGUAUUGAAAGUCCCAAGACAAUGCCUAGACCAAUGCGCUAAACAAUUAGUUGUUGAAAAUUGUCUAUUUCGAGAAAAUGUAUUAUGCUUAGGGCUAGUCGGAUCACUCUCGAAAUCUAUGUAUUUUGUUUAGAAAGAGCAUUCAAUGCGCUUAUGAUUUAAUAUACUCUUAUUUUUCAUCAACAUGCAAAUCGACAUACUUAGCUGCUAAAUGGGCAUUGUGGUCUCUGUUCAUAAACUUUUGAGCUUUUGUGAAGUUAUCUGACUUUAGGCCAUAGUUUUUUACUUCGCUUGCUCAUAGGUUUUUUUAUGGUAUGAACCAACACAAAAUAAAAGAAUUUAAGAAAGUCUUUUGAAAAUCAUGUUGUUUUUUUACAUUACAAUUUUUAACAUUCAUUGUAUGCUUCAAAAUAAAGACAUUCUAAACUAA